GUUUGAAGCAGAGAACGCUUUGCAGUGCAGAAACUAGUGAUGAAGACAAAUGUUUUGAGAGUGUGGUAUGUGCCUGUGUUGGUGCUGUGUCUGAAUGCAGCUGAGGAUUUCCAAUGGACAAAGAAUAACCCGGGCUCCUUCUAUUAUGGCACUUUCCCAGCUGGUUUUUUAUGGGGUGCCGGCAGUUCUGCCUACCAAACUGAAGGGGCUUGGGAGGAGGAUGGAAAAGGACCAAGCAUCUGGGAUGUUUUUACUCAUAAAAAGGGAAAAGUGUACAAAAAUGACACAGCAGAUUCAGCAUGUGAAAGCUACUACAGAGUGAAGGAUGACAUUCAGUUACUGAAGGAUUUGAAAGUCCAUUACUAUCUGCUCUCCAUGUCAUGGCCUCGCAUUCUGCCUACUGGCAUCAAAACAGAAGAAGUAAAUGAAAUGGGAAUACAAUUCUAUAAUGAUACAAUUAAUAGUCUUCUGGAGAACAACAUUAUCCCUUUUGUGAGCCUCUACCACUGGGAUCUUCCACAGGCACUCCAAGAGAAGUAUGGGGGCUGGCAGAAUGCAAGCCUAAUAAAUUACUUUAAUGAUUAUGCAAAUCUGUGCUUUGAGACUUUUGGUGAUCGUGUGAAAUACUGGAUCACUUUUAGUAACCCUUGGGCCGUCGCUGAAGAGGGCUAUGAGACAGGAAAACACGCACCAGGACUGAAGCUCAGUGGAACUGGGGCAUAUAAAGCAGCUCAUCACAUAAUUAAAACUCAUGCAAAGGUCUGGCAUUCUUAUGAUAAGACAUGGCGCAGGGAGCAGCAAGGGAUGGUUGGAAUUUCCUUAACUAGUGCCUGGGGUGAACCUAUGGAUCUAAGUAACCAAGAUGACAUAGAUGCUGCUGAGAGAUACGUUCAGUUUUAUUUGGGAUGGUUUGCAAAUCCUAUUUACAGAGGAGACUAUCCAGAAGUUAUGAAAGAGUAUAUAGGUAGAAAGAGUGCCCAACAAGGCUUGGGCUUGACAAGAUUACCAAUCUUCUCAGCACAAGAGAAAAGCUAUAUUAAAGGCACAUCAGAUUUCCUGGGAAUAGGUCACUUUACUACUCGCUACAUUACUCGGAAGAAUUAUCCCUCCCUGCAAGGUCCCAGUUACUACACCGAUCGUGAUUUGCAGGAACUGGUAGACCCAAAGUGGCCAAACCCAGGAUCCAAAUGGUUAUACUCUGUGCCUUGGGGAUUUAGAAGGUUACUCAACUUUGCUAAGACACACUAUGGGAACCCUCUGAUUUAUGUGACAGAGAAUGGGGUUUCUGAAAAGAUAUACUGCAUUCAACUAUGUGAUGAAUGGAGAAUGGAAUAUCUGAAAGGGUAUAUUAAUGAGAUGCUGAAAGCGAUAAAUGAUGGAGUUAAUGUUAAUGGGUAUACUGCCUGGUCUCUACUGGAUAAAUUUGAAUGGAAUAAAGGUUUCUCUGAGAGAUUUGGAUUCUACCAUGUUGAUUUUCAAAAUAAGAACAAACAUCGACACCCAAAGGCAUCUGUUCAGUACUACAAGAAAAUCAUAAGUGCAAAUGGGUUUCCAAAUCUAAGACAGGUGGAAAGUUGGUAUUACAAGGCCUUGGAGACUUGUUCUACCACAAACCAACUAGUUUCUGAAGAUCCUUUGACUACUCACAUGGAAAUGGUGACUGAGAUUGUUGUGCCUAUAGCUUUCACACUCUGUAUACUUAUCAGUGCCGUUUUACUAGUAAUCCUCCUUCGGAAGUGCAACUAAAAUUACAAGUUUACACACACUUCAUUUUGCAUAA